AUCAUGAUAAAAAUUUGUUUCAAAUCUAAGUAUAAAUUUCUAGGGAAAAAGGAGUUGCUUUUAUUAAAACCACCUGAAUUGUUGAUACUAGUGACCGCGUCUUAAAUUUUGGCUCAUUAACAAUUAUUUUUUAUAUCAAAACUAUCCGAUUCAAGAUCCCUCACUGAAAAGCAUAACCUCACCAUUCUAACCUCAUUUUAUUGUUUACUAUCUUAGUGGAUUGCCGAUUUUCAACACAUUAUAAGCAAAAAAGAAGAAGAAAAUUGAUAUUUGUUUCUUAAUAUAAAUUUUUGGUGUACUACUAGAGAGAGAAAAAAAUUAGUAAUUACGAAUGCUGCUUUAACUAGCCUAAAUUCAGCGCCAAUCCCAUGUUUUUUGAAGCACUCUCAUCAACAGGGCAAUGAAUGUCAAUACAGAAUCUGAUAUCAACGAGUUGCAAGAUGAAAAGGCCACUGAACCUGAAGAUUCGACGUUGAAAAUUCAUGAGUACGACACGCAGACAGGCAAUGAACAAACAGGGCCCUCCGCUAGUGAAGAUGCUAGCGCUGACCUGAAAAAAUUAGAACCGUCCGAGUCACCCACGUUACUAGAGAACAACGAGGAGAUCAAACCACGUUUUUUCACCGAAGAUCUCUCGAAAAAAGGCUCAUUGAGUGAGUUGCAUUCCAAAUGGAAAAUAGUCAACUCAAAUCUGAGUUUUCAAUCCUCACGUCAAAAUUCAGAACCACAGCAAAACAAUACAGGAGGAACCGUAAACGAGACAGUAACCAAUGUCCGGCAGGAUUUAGAACCUCGUAAAGACUCUGAUGUAGACAAUUCAGAAAAUCUCGUUCAUAAUGAUCAGGCAACUUUACCAGCAGUUAGAGGUGUAGAUUUAAAUGUUUUAAAGAAUAAUCAAAUCUCUCAUCGAGAUGCGCAUGCACUGGAGGAAACUGUCGGAAGAGAGAAAGAAGACAACGCAAUUGGUGUAAACAAAACGCCUCCCUUUUCUGGACACGUUGAUGUUAAAAUUGUAAGAGAGGAGACCGAUCCACCUCCCGAGUUGAAAUUAGAUGUUCAAUUAACUCAUCAACAAGUUAUAGAAAGCUUGAACACGGGUGACAGUGAAGAGCCUGUGGAGACAGUUGAGAUUUUUGGAAAAUCGACGGAUACGGAAAAACCGAGAGCUGAGAACGAUUCCCAAGGUGAAUUAGAGUGCCGGCAGUUGGAUGAAAGAAUUCAAGGCUUCGAGCAACUUGGAUCCGGUACCAGGAACGACUCGGGGAUGAUCAAAGAAAUUCUGCCUUUGAGCAAAGAUUUGCAGUGUUCAGACGAAAACAAUAACCGCCAAAAGGAAAUCAGUAAUGGAUCACUCAUUCAGAAAGAGGAAUUACACCAGACAAAGAAUGAUUCUUUCGAGCAGCCAUCAUUGUCUGCCGUCACACCUGAAAUAUCUAAUUUGCAAAAGUCUAACAGUAAUUUUUCAAAUUUUAUUCCUCAAUCUCCCGAUGUCAGUGACGGAAAUUCAUUGGAAUGUCCUACAUCUCAGGCUGCUGAUGUAGAGAGAGUUGUUUCACAAGUUCAUGUUUAUGAAAAUGGAAAAAAUGUGACAAAUCAGCAUGUCAAGAGCGCAACAAAUAAUAAUAUCCACGUGCUUUUGGGCUCUGGAACCGCCGAUAGAUCAUGUCACGAUUUUGACGAGAAAAAAUCUACGGUUCAUUUUUCCACGGAGGUUCAAGAAGCAAAAAUCAUUGAUUCUGAUCAUAUAAAUCCAUGUUCCACUGGAGAUGUUAUGUCUAGAGUUAAUUUGCCGAUACAUUUGGUUGAGCUAGAAAUUGCGAGAUUGAAUUCAGAACUGACAGCUAAAAGAGAUGGUCCGAGCUCGAGUUUGAUUCUUCAAACUCACCAUCCAUUAAAAAAAGUAGAUAAUGCUAAUGUGAGAGAUGAAGAAAUCCACUAUUAUAACGACGUGAAAGAACACAACUCAAAUAUCUCGAACGCUGAACACAAUUCUAAAGACGAUUUUCGUCACAAAAAGGCUCUCGAUCGUUCUUCCGACGACUUAGAAGAUAAUAAAAUAACCGUUAACACUAGUAAGGGCACUCAUCUGAACAAUAAUCCAAUAAAUUUCGAUUCUUCUGAUCAAAUUUUACACCUUAGAGUCAACGAAAUUGUGCAUACCGUCCCUACGUCUGAAGACCCUAAAACUUCCGAACCUCAAUCAGGCACAAGUGCUUGCAAAAAGCAAAUCAACACGAUGCUAAGUUCAACUACUUCUCAUUCUGCAACAGAUACCUCCGAUAAAAUAUGUACCAGGGCAGACGGAGCCCUCAAGGAAAAAGACGCUUGCGAAGAAAUCUCUACUCAUGGUGUUAGUGAAGAGACUCUCCCAAAACCUGGGUCACUAAGUUCCGAGGAUCGAACAAAAGUUUUGGAUUUCGUUGAACUCAAUCUUCGACAGGCAGAGCAAUUGUGCGGGAUAAUUCAUUGUGAGGGAGGAAGCGCUGGGAUAACUGGUAAACGUUCAUCGCCUGGGUUACAGAUGGAGUUGAGAGCCGGCGAAGAUUGUGAUGACAGGAAGCUGCAAAAUAAGGAAUCCAAAGGCUCAAAAUUCGUGACUUUCAGUGUGACUACUAUGAUUGAAGAGCCGGCACCAACGGCCACUCCUUCGGCGACAGAGGCAGAAUCUCAACCCGAUAAAUUCUCACGGGACGAAGAUUUGACGCAUCCAGCGAACGAGACUCCAAUAUCUGUCAAAGAUCAUUGUGAACGAGAGCAAGUAGUCUCUCCCGUUUCAGACACUGUUCCUGCUACACAGAGCAAAGGUUUUUCUGGACAAACUCUCUUUAGAUCUAACCAACAAAAUAGUCUGGAUGGGCACAGGGCUUUAUAUUCUAACUCGAGUAUUGGUGACGCAGCGCACUCCAAAGUGUCCAACCCGGCUAGUCUCGGCCGGGUUUCAAAUGUUUUGGGAACUGAAAUCCCGAAAGGGCUCGUCAGGGACAAAAAAAAGGUCAUCGAGGAAAAAUCGGGAACCAUCACCGGGGACACGCAAAAGCUCUCGAAAAAGUCCUUCGAGUUGCUCAGAGAGACGGUGAACAUAAAAAAUUCGAGGGAGAGAUACAUCCAAGAGGUGAGAGCCAAAGAGGGGAUUUCUGGUAGUACCCAUCAGCAAAAUCCAGCAUUAAAUUUUUCACGGACAUCGUCAAGUUUGGAUUCGAAACCAAAAGUACCCUCAGGCAUGGUAUACGGAAAUACAGACAAGAAGAUAAAUCCAAAUUUUUGCAUUUCGUCGAGCGAAAAUCAAGGGAAUUUUGAAGUUACCGAGAAGCAAAAAAUGAAGGAAUUCUUGAAGAGUAGUGUAGCGCACCAUAUGGUGGACGGUGGUGGUUGUGUAGACGCGGUUACUCCAUUUGAGCCUUUGAGGGCUGAAAUCUCUGCUUUGAAUGCUGCAGCAUCAGAGCAAGGUGAACAUUUCAUCAGCGUUCUGGCAACACCGACACCAGAAAAGACUCCAAGCAGCAGCCAAGCUCACAUUGAGCAAGGCACCAACAGUUCUGCGAGUCGCUGGAAAGGAGAUCGCGACCGACAAGACAAACCGGCACAGCCUGUGGUUCCUGAUGAUGACGACGCAGUCAGUGGUCAUUUUGACACUGCACGAAGAAAGUGGAUUGAAAAAUUGGACAGUUCUAGGAGAGAAAGUUCUAAAGAUCCCUUGGGCGGGAAUGAGCCCCGAAAUCAUGCCAGCGGGAGAAUGUCUACUCCGUCAUUGAGAGGUCCGUCACCGUUGACGCAAAAUGGAAGCGAAGUUGACAAAUGCAGCAAAACAACUGUCUUCAUCCAAAAUGAAGAGGAAAAGGCAGAGUCAAAGAGUUCCGAACAAUUUAUCUCGAAGAAAAGUUCCUUUUCGGUCUCGUCGAGGCUGAGCCGUGGAAGUGAAAACGGAGGUGAGUACCGCAACACUCUCUCGAGAAAUGAUGUUUUAAGUAACGAUCCGAAUCAAAUUUUAAAAGCCAUUGUCACUAACAAAAUGAGUUCUCAAAGAAUGGAAAUAUCACCUAGUUUUCAAACCGAGUUGAAGCAAAAAACAGCCAACUCGUUUUGCACGAAAGAUGCAGCCGGGUCUACUGUGAUAUCUAUGAAUCUGGAAAGUGGUUCACCUCAGCAAAAUUUGACGCGAGAUAAUUCAGUAGAUAACGCGAGGUACCUGAAGAAUUUGGAAUACGAGAUCGGAAUGAGCCAUGCUUGCGAUGAAAACAAAAAAGAGUUUAAGCUGGAAAGUGGUGCCAUUGGUACAUCUCGGAUUGGAGUGGCAAAACCUGAUGUGCGUGCUCAGAGGAGGAUAUCGGAUGACACGUUAGACAGUAGAUCAGGUUCACGUGGAUUCGGGACAGGAGAGACAGAAAAGGAGGUGAAAGUAAUUGAAGCAGGUUCGAAAGAAGGAACAAACGAGUUUUUGAUCCUGUGCCAAUAUUACAGCCUAGUGGAGAGCACUGAGCCAAUGGAGAGAUCCCCUGAAGGCGAUACCCAAAGGAAAACGGAAACAACGGAAAACGGAGGCAAGGAGACCGGUUUGGAGGCACAGCUUCACGUUCGUCUGUCACCGGCGCUGACGCAGAUGUUGUCGCAACCGAACUUACCGGCAACAGCCCUGAAGUCCGGUGUCGAGAUGGUGACCAUCACGUCGGAUGCCGCCCUGCCCUGUUGGUCCCGGCUGAACCUGGUCGCCACGUGCCAAGAGUUCUGUCGCAUCUGCCAUGACACCGCUGGAGCCGAGGAUUUCAUAUCUCCGUGCCAGUGCCGUGGCAGUCUCUCGCGAGUACACAAGUUCUGUCUCGAGAGGUGGCUGGCCGAGUCGGACACCAGUGCCUGCGAGCUCUGCGGACACCGCUUCCAGAUAGUUCGAGUCCCCAGGUACUCUAUCAUAGACUCGAUUGUUCGCUGGUUCAAAAGUCAAGAAAAUGUGCGCGAUGUUCGAGAGUUAUUUUUUGACAUGAUUGCGUUGUGUGCGUUCACACCGAUGAUCAUUGGAGGCAGUUAUUUUGGUUUCUUAGUGGCAGAAACUGUGUAUCAACGGAUGAUAAGCUCAACGAUCUCACGGGCGGCCUCGUUUACAUUGGUGAGCAUGAUGACGGGAAUGGAUUUGGCAUUUUUAACGUGGUUUGCAUUGCGAACGCAGCACCACACGAUGCAGUGGUACGGCUGGUGGAGGCGCAACAGUGUCGUCAAAAUCAUCGUCACGGAGCAAAAUCAACCCAGACCUAGGAAUAACGUCUCUUGUGAUGAUCAGCCCCCAACUUAGGUACCUACGUGCGACGAUUUCCACCCAACUCGCACUUACACCACCCAUGGUUGGCUUCGCCGUAACUUGAAUAUUUUCACAUCCUACUCUCGCAAAAAUGUCGCUAUUUCUCCUUAAGUCUUCUUGUUAUCGCGUCUGCGGGCUGAUUAUUGAAAUUGAUAGACAAAGCUAUGGACAAAGAAGACAUAAGGGGUAUGGAACGAUCUUAAUGGUUGAAAUGUGUGGUUCUUAUAGACUAAGGGAGAAAAUGAUGGACUAGCUGUCGGAUUUCUCGUGGGUUGGUCUAUUACCUACUGCCUUUGUACAUUGCAACCAUCAGCUUCCACCAAUAUAGGUUCCCCCAUAUCCCUUUUAUCAUCUUUGUCUAUAGCUUUGUCUAUGAAUUUCAGUGGUCGGCCCGCAGAGGAUGGUGACUUAAAGAGGGUACUUAACCACACAUUCCACAGGAGUGAUUGAAUUUUUUGGUGAACAACAAAAAUGUAUAAACGUAUCUUAUUUAA